AUGCUGGGUCGAUCACCAUCUAUGAACAGAACAAGUCGUAGUCAGUCUAUAUAGGGUCCGGUCCAGUCGCCACAUUAGUCCUUGUCAUGUGCUGGUCUGUGAAUAUCUGGAUUUUUGCGGCCAUUUUGGCAGUGAGAGGGUUCCCUUCACCUCUUCCGACUGCAGUCAGUGAGGAAACUGGGUACGAAGAUGGUCAAUCUUCCGUCAAUAGUACUACAGCGCCCCCUUACGGCUGGGACGAACUGCUGCAAUGCGACUCAACAUCAUGUGAAAACGCCACAAAUGGACUACCAUGCGGAGGUGCAACGCGCGGUGUGUGUGGCUGUGGCGGCUGUACGUGCCACGCAGGCUGGAUGGGCCGCACAUGUGACUGUUCGCUGGCAGACAUCUCAUGUUGGUUACAGACACCAUCGGUCCCUAUCAGAAUCGCACCAGACGACUCUCUCGCGCCUGCGCCGUACCACCUACUGAUACAGCUGGAAAUAGACUUGGGACUGGAGCCCGAGGCCCGGGUUACCGGCCGUGGGCCCGCCCUGCUCAGCUGGAACUGUGACACGGUAACCGGUGUGCCCCAGGCCGUCCGCAGUACCAUGGGACUUAGCUACUUUUACCAGAAAUACCUGCACGCGUACGGCAUCCCGGUGCUGAGCUCCAGCCGGGUGUCGGACUCCGCCCUCCGCCGGGCCUGUUACGUGGUGCGGUUCAUGUUCGCAGACCGUCAGGACGUCAGGGACCAAUUCCACGAUCGGUAUGGCAGACACGCGCUGAUGGCCGUGACAGAGCAAACUACUGACAUCCCCGAACAUUCGUGGCUUGGGCCGAGCUGGAAUGAGCGGAGUCGCGGGCUGGGCGCCACGGAGAUACAUCCCGUGUCUACCGGAGCUGAGGAGAACGUGCUCUGCUAUGGGUCCGACAGGGACAGGUGGUACGAGGAGGACAUCUUCCUCCAUGAGCUGGCUCACGGCCUCCAGGGGCUGGGCGCCAAGUACGCCAUUCCCGGGUGGCAGGACCGGCUCCAGGCGGCCUACAACAGCGCCCUGGCACGAGGCUUGUGGUACAACACCUACGCUAGGACUACUAUCCAGGAAUACUUCGCCGAAGGAGUGCAGAGCUUUUUUAACGUAGAUUCGUUCCGUGACCCACCGGACGGCGCCCACAACAACGUGGACACCCGAGACAAGCUGCGGCAGUACGACCCGACACUGUACGAGCUCAUCGCGCAAGUCUUCCCGUGUGCCAACUACGUCGUGGACCGCUGCUCCAACCAAGGUCUUACGAUCAGCGCUCCUCUCAAGAUGAACUGCAACACUGACGGGAGCGGGAGUAUCACCGCAUACGGUAACAGCGGCAGUACUGAAGGUGACACAGGCGAUAGUGAUGGCGGAACUGAAGCAGAGAACUGUCAGGACUUGAACAGUUACUGUCCUGACUGGGCUGACCAGGGCCAAUGUACCGGAGCUUACACAGCCUACAUGAGCACAAACUGUCAACGGAGCUGUCGCAUCUGCGGGGCUGAAGGGUCGAACUGCGUGGACACGAACGACAGCUGCACUGAAUGGGCUCAGCGGGGAGAAUGCAACAUCAACCCCGCCUACAUGAACCAAAACUGCCGCAGGAGCUGUAACCUCUGCCCCUAAACAAUUGCAUCCAUGAUCCGGGCGUGAAAACAACCAUCGUCCCAGCUAUGGUAGCCUGUCAAUCGUGCAUGAGUUCACUUUGUGUGCCCUUCAGUUAUUUUGUUCCUUUGUUAUAACGUUAGCAUUUGUUUCCACUGCUGUGGUUGCUUUGACGGUUUAAACACCAGUAGUCUUUGUUCAAUGUUGAAACACACCAAUUCUUUGCAAUAGAAUUUUCUUAAUAUGUGAUAUACUUGUAUGUAUAUAAAGCUCUAUAACGUUUUACACCUCAUAAAUCAUGUUAACUGCAAAAGACGACAAUUUUCGCAAAUUCUGCAAUAAACAUGACUGCACUGUUGAUUAGAGUUGACUGAACCUAAGUUAGAUGUGAUUUUAGGAUCUACACAUGCUGGAUUUAGUC